UGACGUAUAUCCGGUUACUCGUGAGACCGGAAGAGGCGGGACUUAUUUUUCAUGGCGCGUCAUAGUCGAGCGGAUACAGCUUAUAAACAGAUAAUAAAUAUUGAUAUAAAAAUAUAAUAUACAAUUUUGCAUCCAUUUUAUUCUUAUGAGUCUUAUAUAUAUUUUAAUUUAAUUUCAUUUCGCUGUGGGCUCGCGGGUGUGUUUGAGCGGAUUAGCCGGUUAGCAUAGAGCGGAGAGCAGCAGGCCGCAGGGAAUAUGUAACGUGCGUCACCAUGACGACCAAGUUCAGCAAGACGUACACGCGGAAGGGCGGCGAGGCGAACUCGAAGUUCGAGGAGGUGUUCGGGAACAGGAGAGCGACGCUGAGCACCAAAUGGGGAGAGACGACGUAUAAAGCCCAGCUCGGAUCCAGACGCCCCGCCCACACGCCUGCCACGCCCGAGGCGUCCACGCUGCACAAAAAGCCCCGCCUCGAGCGCGACGACGAGGCAGACGACCCGUUCGGCUUCGACAGCGAUGAUGAGGAGCAGAGCGAGACGUCCCGAGGGUCAGAGGCAGAACAGAGCGGACAGAACGCAAAGGGCGGAGCUUAUGCAGCCGCAGCUGUUCAGAGCCCCUUCCCUGCCGUCGCUGGAUCGAAACCCACAUCACACACGGUUAAUUUAAAACCCACUCAUAAAGACUCAAGCUGUUUUGUAGAUAGUUUAAGUGAAAGUUCCCUGUCUGAGCCCACAGAGGGCGCCUCUGCACAAAGCGGCACCCUGUCAGACAAUUCCAAACCUGCUGAACAGGAAGUGGGAGGUUCUGAGACGGCGGAGAGGCCAGUCGAUUUCGAGCAGCUUCCUCUGAUUAAACCGGCGAGAGACCGCGUUUACCGAAGAGCCAGUAAGAAAGGGGAACAGGAGAACUCCCAGAAUUCCCAAAUAUCAGGAGAAAACAGCAGCAAUAAACCCAUGGUCGCCCCCGUCUCCACGAGCGUGUCUACGUCUGGGGGGUCGGAGGUGAAAGGUCGCGGGCGUGUGAGAGAUUACACCCUGCUGCACCCGUCAUGUGUAUCAGUGUGUAACGUCACCAUCCAGGACUCCAUGGAGCGCAGCGUGGAGGAGUGUGUGAGCACCGCCCCGGCCGAUCUGGGGGACGCCGGAACGUUCCGGAGAAAGACGGAUGCACAGCCUCCCAAGUACAGCAGGCAUCGUCCCACUAAGUCUAAGCUGGAGUGCAAGCUGGAGUUUUUCGGUUUUGAGGACGGAGUGUGUGAGGACGGAGACGCUGAACCUGGCACCAGCUAUAAGAUUAAAUACUUUGGCUUUGACGAGCUGAGUGAAAGCGACAGCGAGGAUGAAGAUGACAGACCCGGGAAGAAAAAGAAGAAGAAGAAGAAAGACGCGGCAGAGACGAGGACGGCGGCGGCGGACUGUCCCCAGAUCAGCGAUGCUCCGAAUCUUACACACACUCACACAGAUCCUCAGGAGUGGCAGGAUGAGACGAGCUCUGUCGGCCCAGACACACAGAGAGAGCGAGCAGGAAAACACACCGACAAAUUGAUCAGCCGCAAAAUCUUCAAAAAGACUCCUACUAAAGCAGUGUACAACGCUCGUCACUGGAAUCAGCCUGAACCAGAGGAAGCUCCUCCCACCCCACACAGUGACAUCACACCUAAGCCGAAUCUUUCAAGUGUGAACAAAGACGUGAAUCCUCUAAAAGACGACAAUGUGUUUAAAGCCCCUCCCCCUCCCCCUAAAGUCACUAAAUCAGUGACCCCGCCCACUGAGCCCCACCCACACACUACCACUGCAGAACAAAAGGAGCUGUAUACAGUUGUCCAGCACGUGAAGCACUUUAACGACGUGGUGGAAUUCGGAGAGAAUCAAGAAUUUACUGAUGACUUUGAGUAUCUGGAGACAGGACUAAAGAGCACACAGCCUCUACACACACGCUGCCUUAGUAUAAUCAGUUUAGCCACACGCUGUGCCAUGCCGAGUUUCCGCAUGCACUUGAGAGCGAGAGGAAAAGUGGCUCAGGUGUUUAACAUGCUGAGCGACGCACCACAACAUCCGAAUCUGGCGUUGUGUACGGCAGCUCUGCUGUACAUCCUCAGUCGGGACCGGCUCAACAUGGACCUGGACCGUGCCUGUCUGGAGCUGAUGAUCCGUCUGCUGGAGCUGGAACAGGACGAGUCUGAGGAUCAUCAAAGCAAAGUGAAGGAGAAAAUACAGAAACUGUGUGAAACUGUACACAACAAACACCUGGACCUAGACAACAUCACUACGGGUCACCUGGCGAUGGAGACUCUUCUCUCCCUGACGUCUAAGAGGGCAGGAGACUGGUUUAAAGAAGAGCUCCGGUUACUGGGAGGACUGGACCACAUCAUAGAUAAAGUGAAAGAGUGUGUGGAAAACCUUGAUACAGAUGAUGAUAAUGAGAACCUGGUGGCCUCAUUGUGGGGAGCAGAGCGCUGUUUACGAGUUCUCGAGAGUGUAACGGUUCAUAAUCCAGAGAAUCAGUCCUACCUGAUCGCCUACAAAGAUUCACAGCUGAUCAUCUCCUCAGCCAGGGCCCUGAGGCAUUGCGAGUCCAUGAUUCAACUCUACUGCCGUAAUAUCAUCAACUCUGGCGCCGCCUCCACUCACAGUAACCAUAGCAACGUGGGAAAAGCAGUGGAGGACUGUAUGAGGGCGGUGCUCGGGGUGAUGCUGAACCUCACACAUGAUAAUGAGUGGGGCAGCACUAAGACGGGCGAGCAGGAUGAACUGAUCAUGACGGUGCUGAACUGUGUGCUUAAGGUUCCUCAGUUUCUCCCUCAGGAGCAGAGAUUUGACAUCCGUGUGCUCGGUCUGGGUCUGCUGAUAAACCUGGUGGAGUACAGCUCCAGAAACAGACACUGCCUGGUGGAACUGGAAGUGGAUUCGAGCUGUCUGCCAGAGACGGAGAAAGACGGGAGGAUGGAGGGAGAGAAGGAGGAGCAGAAGGUGGACAAAGGGAUGGAGGAUAAGAAGGAGAAGAGACUGGACACUAAAGAAACCUCAAGUGCUCUCACUGCACUGGUGCAGCUCUUCCUAGAGCGUGAGAGAGCGGCCGUGCUGGCCGAGGCGCAGGCUGAUGACAUCAUCAGCGAGGCACCGAAGUCUCAGGCGGAUGAGAGUGGGCAGUGGCAGGUGACGAGCGGAGAGAUGGAGUGGGUCGCCUCGGAAAAUAACACCGACGACAAGAAGGAGAAGGAGGAAGAGGAGGAGGAGCUUGAUUUUAAUAAAGUCCUGCAGCAUGCUGGGAAACACAUGGAGGACAGUAUAGUGGCGUCGUACACUGCACUGCUGCUGGGGUGUGUGUGUCAGGACAGUCCGGUGAAUGUGAAGGCUGUGAGAGACAGUCUGCCUAAAGGAGAUUUUUCCAUCAUGACUGAAAUGCUGAAGAAGUUCCUCAACUUCAUGAACCUGACGUGCGCAGUGGGCACCACGGGACAGAAAUCCAUCUCGCGCGUUAUCGACUAUCUGGAGCACUGUUAGCACUGUUUGGAUUUCAGAGGAGCUGGCAACCCAAGAGUCUGAAAACAUUAGUAUGGAGACACCCUUAUAAGUCUCUCUCUCAUGCACACACAUUCUCUGUUCUUUCAUACUGCUGACACACACACACACACACACACACACACACACACACCCCUGUGAAAUUAUGAGCUGUUACUUUUUAUUUUUAUUUAAAUUGCUCAAUUUUUUAAUUCCCCCAAUUAUGAAUUAAUGGCGUCUGAAUAAUAAAUAUUUGUUGGGAAAAUUAAAAAUAAUGAAAUAUUUCUAGGAGCAUUUCAAGAAAAAAAAUAUUAAUUAAUUCUUUUUAAAAAAAAAAUCAUGUUAAAAAGUUGAAUAAAAAGUAUAGAAUCAUCUUAAUGGAGCUUAUUGAGUGUUAAACAGUUAAACACGAUUAUUGAACAGCGAGAAUAAAGUAUAACUUUUAAUUUUAAAAGUCAUUUUAAAUAUGUUCUGCCAUGGCCAGGCUGGUAAAUGAAAUAAAAAUGCAUGAAAUUAAUGUGAUUAUUAAAAUAUUUUCAAUUCGCUGGUGAGGGAAAAACUCCCUGAGAUGACAUGAGGAAGAAACCUUGAGAGGAACUAGACUCAGAAGGGAACUAUUUUCUUUUCUAUACGUAAUUUAAGGUUCGAGCAACACCUGCGAAUCAUAUGCUGUUUUUUGAGUUUAUUCUAAAACAAAGGCAUCUGAAAUUAACUUAAUGAACUUUUUUCAUACGUCUGAAUAUAAGAACACUAACAUGAACACAUUUUUGUCUCUGGAAUUUUUUUUAAAUAGUAAAAUUAAGGAAUUAAAGUUAUGUAAAUUUUUUAAUUCCAGCUGCAGCACAUUAUUAUCAUUAUUUGUGAAUUUUUAGUUUGUGAUGCAUAUUUCAAUUUGUUUCAGAAUCACGCUUUAAUACAUCGAUCCACAGUUACAGUUUUAAGGUGGUAUUGUUGAUAAAUACAUCAAGAUUCAGUGAGGCCCUGGUGUGAAAUCGUUCCACCUUAAAAUAUAUAUAUAUAUAAGUUCAUGGGACAAAUUUUUAGAUUAGUGAUUUAUUUUUGUUCAUGCUUUGAUCAGAUUGUAACAAAACAAUUCCACCUUAAAUAUACCUUAAAUAAUUAUUUUUAACAAAAAGGAAAUUUUGGUGUAAAUCAGGAUUUCAGCUUAAAGCAGCAGUAUGUAAUGUUUAGAGCUUUCCAACAGACCACACCCCCUUCUAAUUUUACACAUCACUAGUGUUGUUGCUUUUUUUUUUUUUUUUUUUAUAAAGAGGGCGGGGCUUAGCCUGAAAUGAAGAAACUUUUCCGAUCCAAAAAUAUCAAUUUUGCAAUCUGCACCAUUAAAGAACAAUUCUGAUUUUCAGAGUUCUCUCUCUCUUUUUUUUUUUUUUUCCCAAACAAUUCUACCUGAAAUAGAAUUUUUUUAAUUAAGUAAUUUAAAGUAAUUUUCAUGAUUUCGUGAUUUUUGUUGUUUUUCUAUGUAUAGAUUUUAGAUUGUUUUAGUUUGCUGUAUUUUGGAUUUUUGUCACGUCGCUGAUCUGAUUCUUUAACAUGUAUGUGAACAGUUCUAUCUUAAUUUGUGUUGUAAAUUUUGGAAAAAAAAGAAAAAUUAUUAACCCGUUUGGAAUGAGUUCUAAAAAUGUUUGAAUGACUUUAAAGAUAAAUAGAUUGGUGUAAAAUUAA